AUGUCUACUUCGCCGGAGCCUUCGGCAGAUGCGACGGCGUCGGAAACGGCGUCGGCGGUGACCAAGAGGUACGAACGACUGGUGGCGCUGCGUGCGAAGGCCAGCAAAGGGAAAGGCGCCUGGUACUGGCAGCACUUUGAGCCUCUACUCAUUAAAAACCCUAAUUCGAAAAUCCCCAAAUCCGUCAAGCUCCGGUGCACCGUCUGCGACGCCGCCUUCUCCGCCUCAAAUCCGUCGCGAACAGCUUCCGAGCAUCUCCGGCGAGCCAAUUGCCCUAAUUCCGCCCUAAUUUUGAAUCCGAUUCCGCCGUUACCCCCUCUGGCUUCUCCUUCCUCUUCCUCCCAUCGGAAACGCACUUCCGAUUCGCGCCACUUCGCGGCGGAGGAGGCGCCGCCGCCGCCGCUAUUGUCCGGCGGAAAGGAUGAUUUGAAGCCAUUAGCAUUGCUGGAAGACAGCGUGAAGAAGCUCAAGAGCCCCAAACCAUUGCCUGUCCCUGUUCUUACCGGCGACCAAAUCGCCGCCGCCGUCGAUCUCCUAUCGGAUUGGUUCUUUGAAUCCGGCGGCGCCGUCGCAUUCUCCAGCCUGGAAAAUCUCAAGUUCAAAGCCUUUUUAAGGCACCUAGGAUUGCCGGAAUUGUCGAGGCACGAUAUCGCAACAACACGCCUCGAAUCGAGGUAUGAUCGAGCUCGAACGGAGUCCGAAGCUCGAAUCAACGACGCCGAAUUCUUCCAAGUCGCAUUGGACUGUUGUCGGAGCAAUGCCAAUGACGAUGAUCGGAAUGGCUAUUUGGUCAAUUUCACGAUUAAUCUACCCAACGGGACGCGACUCUUCCACCGCGCCAUGCAUUGCUCCGGCGGAGCGUUGCCGGAGCAAUACAUGGAGGAGGUAUUGCGGGAGACGGUUCGGAGAGUAUCCGGCGACAAUCUGAUGAGAUGCAUCGGGAUUGUGGCAGAUAAGCAUUUCGCGACGGCGUUGAAGAGCUUGGAGGUCGAGAAUCAAUGGAUGGUUAACGUACCGUGUCUUCUUCGCGGAUUAUCGAGUUUGAUCAAAGACUUGUAUCGAGAGCUUCCAUUGUUUGUAACUGUCGCCGAGAAGUGUCUACAAGUCGCGGACGUGAUCAAUUCUCGACCGGAGAUUCGGAAUUAUCUCGAAAAGGCGCUUGUUCAUCGCUUCGUUAGAGUCCCUUCUCCGAAGUGCGACGCAUCGAAGAAUUCGCAUAAUUUAGUCGAAAUGUUAGAGGAUAUACUCUCAUGUUCCCAAACUCUUAACUUCGCCGUCUUUGACGAUUCGCUUAAAUCCGUCUCGGAUAUAAUUCGCGACGUUGCAUUCUGGAACGACGUUGAGGCUACUCAUUCACUGGUGAAGUUUAUUUUAUCGACGUGUGAGGAGGUCAAGAUGGAUAGACCGAUGAUCGGGCAAUGCUUUCCAAUCUGGAAAGCGUUGAAGGAUAAAUUGAAGGAAUUGUGUUCGAAACACGGGAUAGUCGAAGGACCGGUCGAUAAAAUAGUCGAGAAGCGGUUUCGGAAAUGCUACCACCCGGUGUGGUCGGCCGCAUUCGUGCUCGAUCCGUUAAACUUGGUGAGAGACGUCGCGAGCGGGAACUAUCUCCCGCCGUUCAAUCUCUUGACGAGUGAGCACGAGAACGACAUCGAGCGUCUCGUGACCCGAAUGCUUUCGGGGGACGAAGCUCGAAUGGCGUUGAUCGAACUCGCGAGGUGGCAAUCCGACGGUCUCGACCCAUUAUACGCACAAGCCGUGCAGGUGAAGCGUCGGGACGCGACGACGGGGAAGAUGAAGGUGGCGAACCCGCAGAGUAGCCGGCUCGUGUGGAGCACGUGCCUUAAAGGGUUCGAGUCGCUCGGGAAGGUCGCCGUUCGGGUCUUGUUUCUCCACGCGAUAUGCUCGUGUGGGAUCGAGUGGGACCCGUCAUUCGUGAGAUGGUUUCGCGGACAGGGGAAUUGCCCGAUAGCCGAAAAGCUCGUUCUCGUCGCAGCGGAGGCGAAGCUCGGGAGACGGGAGAUGGUGUGUUCGGAAGAGAGGAACGAUGACAACGAGAUGUUCGACGAGGUUUUCGAUCGUUCGAUGCCAUUGCCGUAA